CAUCCUCUUCUUCCUUCCUCUUCCGUCGCGGUGGAAGACAAAGGGAGAAAGAAGACACCAUGAAGAAACGAUACGUGGACGCGAGCAGGCUCCGAAAGAUGAAGAAAUUGAAAAUAAGCGAGAGGCUGUCUGAAAGCGCUUACACCUUCCUGAAAUUUAUCGCCACGUGGAUGUUGGUGCUACUGGCCGAUUUCCUUUUGGAAUUUCGUCUGGAAUACCUGUGGCCAUGCUGGCUCUUCUUUGGGAGCGUGUACACAACCUUCCAUUGCCACGGGCUGGUUAUUUGUGUCGUUUUUGUAUGCGCCGCCUUCACACUUGACAUCUUUUGUUUGAUUUUCGUUCCUCUGCACUGGCUUUUCUUUGUGGCCAGCACUUACGUGGUAUUCAAUUAUAUUUGGCACACAGAGAAGGGCAUCUGCAUCUCCACGGUGUCCUUGUGGGUUUUUCUUGUGUACACAGAGGCUUCGCUUCGACUCAAAGACCUUAAAACCUCUCAUGCUAAUCUUUCUCAUCUCUUUGCUGCUCACUGCAUCGGCUAUCCGGUGGUGUAUUUGGGCUUUGACGCCACCUGCUACUUCACCAACAUCUUCAAGUUGCGUAUUCAGAAAGCCGUGCAGAGCGACAAUGACUUCCACAUGCACCUGCUGCAGCAUUCGCUCCCGCCGGGUUUGCCCCUCUACCCCAAUGGCUCCUCCAGAUGGAAGUCAAAGUCCGAGUCCAGUCAGUACCAGUAUCAGAACGGUGCUGUUCUCUCUCAAGACGAGUCCAGCACCAUAGACUGCCUCCAGAUCUGCAGCGAGGAGCGAGUGGUUGAAAAGGCGACUCAGGAAAUACGUUCGGCUGAACCCAAUCGCAAGCUGUUGUUGUCCAAAGGCAGCUCCAGUGAGUCCAGAGAGGCGCUCCGCAAUGGAUUAGAAUCGUCCACGACCCCAGAAAAAUUACCUCUGGAGGAACAGGCCAGCAAAGCUGCACGUGCAGUCAAGAACUUAUCACCCAAAGUCCGACGAGCAAACGCGGCCACCCUCUCGCCUCCUGCAGGCAGGAUGGAGAAGAAACAACGCUCCGGUGGGAAAACAGUCAGCCCCAUCCGGGAUGGACCAGACAAAAGUGCUGCGGUGGCUCCAAAUCAACAUGCCGAGCAGCUGAGCAGGCUGGAGCAGGAACUGAGGAAGUUGAGAGGCGAGCUGCAGGUGAGCCGACACGGCGAGCAGGAGCUGAGGAGUCACAUCUGCAACCUGACCAACAGCGAGAGGAGCCUCAGGCCCGAAGUGGCCCUGUUGCGACAGUCCAACAUGCUACUGCAAAGCAAAAUAAUGUGCUUGAACAAAACCAAGCAGCGGGACAAGCAGACCAGCGCCAUGCUGGAAAAGAAGACCCGGGCGGAGACGGAGGCCAGGCUCUCGCUGGAGAGGCAGGUGGCCGAGCUUCUGGUGCACAGACCCGACGAGGCGGCCGGCGUGGCCAGGACCAUGACCACCAGCAGGCAGGAAAACAGUGAAAGCCAAAUGUUAAGGAAACGAGUGAAAGAUCUAGAAGCCGAGUACAAGCAACUGCAGCUGCAGUAUCAAGUCCAAGAGAGCCGUGUGCUCGAUCUAGAAAAUGAUGUGGAGGCUUUUGGGAAGUACCGCGUCGUGGAAAAGGACACGGACUUGCUCCUGUCCACUCUGUCGGCCCUUCAGGACAAGGCUCAGCAUUUGGAGUACAACCUGAGCGCCGAGACACGCAUCAAGUUGGACCUGUUCUCGGCACUGGGGGAUGCUCGCAGACAGCUGGAGAUCGCUCAAGACAAGCUGUUGAGGCAGGACAAAGAAAUCAGCAGCAUGAAACAGAAGAUUGCCGAGGUGAUGGCGGUGAGCCCCGGCGUGACCUACGUGACCCCUCGGCCACCCGUGCCUCAGUAUCUCACCAAGCUUCUCAGCUCAGAGCGCUACAUGCUCAACCCGCGGGCUCUCAUGUACCAGUGUCUGAAGAAGUAGACACCAGCACCUCCGUGUGAGGAGGGGGGAGAGACGGGCUGGACAAGAUAGGUCAUGUUGUCUGCCUCAAGCCCGAUGAGGACUCCAAACAGCCUCCACUCGGCAAAAUGCCUUGGGAGCUGCACAACCGGUGCUAAUAGGACAUCCCACUCAACAAAGCUUAAUCGGUCAAUGGUGCGAAUCCAACGCAGAGGUACCAUUGGUCCAUGCAUGUAAGUUAGCUCAUGUUUUUGCUAGUUUUCCAUUUGGCUCUUUGGAGCAGUCACUCUUUUGCCAUGAUUGGAAAAAUGAAAGAAAAUGCAAGCAUAAAUAUGACAUAUUUUAAAGGCCACCUGACAAAUUGAGAAUUUUGGAGGUGACACAAUGAAAAGCACAAGUUUUGCAAAUUCUAAAUAAUCGGGAUAAUGUUGGCAACAAAUUGAAAGCAUUUCAUUCCUUCAUUAUAUGCAAAUCAUAAUGCUCCAUAACACAAACUAUAUUAUUCACAUGUUGACUAAUUAAAAGCAUGUGGUUCCAACUUUUGUGAGGUUUUGAACCAAAACCUAUUUGUGAUUUUGAACAUCACCGGGUUUAGCAUCUUUUCGAUUUUGAAUUGAUGACAUUUUUAGAUGGAGACCUCGUCCAGGAUUGGAGUCUGUUGACCUAAGAUGGUCCAUGAACUGAAUUAUUGUGCCUAUGAAUGUGACUUUCAAACCUGAAAGUUAAGACACGCAAGUUAAUGUAAAUGAGUGCUGUGUUUGAACUUGAAGUGCUAUGUACUGUUUUUUGGAGUUCUGCUUUUUUUUUUUUUUCCUUUUCUACUCAUACACAUAAUUGUAUUGAUAUUUAAACCAGCAGCUGGAUGACAUUCCGCAGAGCUGUGAUGUCACCAAUUUGGAGGGUAGCUUUUUAUUUAGAGCGUGUUUCUAAGGUGUUUUAUAUGAAAACAAUUUUUUAGUCUGGCUUUAAUUUUACGACGAUUAUUACUAUAAUACCUCUUUUUGUCUAUUUGUACGGCGACGUGUUUUGUCAGCAUGAAAGUGUUUGGAGCACACAUUGACGUUAAGUACAAGAGUAUACAGUACUUGUACAAGGGCUACCCUUUCUUACAUCAACAGAGAAACGGAGAAUUCAAAUAAUGUUUUUUUUUGGAUAAAUAAAUAAUUGAAUUUUG